UCCGGCGGGGCUGCAUUUGGAUACUGACGCGGAAGUGCUAGGGAUCGCCAGUUGGUUUUACGUCCCCUCCAUGCCCCCCGCGGCCCGAAGCCCCCGAGCUGGGGCCGGAUCAUGAGCCUGCUAGGCGGCCUGGCUUCCGAGCCGCGCACCCCGCUGUCCCACAAGGCCAGGAUGAAAAAGCUCCCGAAGAAGAGCCAGAACGAGAAGUACCGGUUGAAGUACCUGCGGCUGCGUAAAGCGGCCAAGGCCACGGUGUUUGAUGAUGGUUCCUUUAAGAGUACGAAAAUCUUUGUGAAGCCAGAGGAUGUUUUGAACAUUGAAAUGGAAAAUGCUGCUAUUUGUGAUGAAAUUGCUCGUCUUGAGGAAAAAUUUCUUAAAGCAAAAGAAGAAAGAAGAUAUUUGCUGAAGAAGCUCCUCCAGCUUCAGGCUCUGACUGAAGGGGAACCACAGGCUCCUGCUCCUUCCCACAGCUCCAGUUUGCCCCUGGCUUAUGGUGUGGCCGGCCCUGUGGGAACUAUCCAGGGAGCUGGACCCAGCACUGGGGCUGAGGAACCCUUUGGGAAGAAAUCCAAGAAGGAGAAAAAAGAGAAGGGCAAAGAGAACAACAAACUGGAAGUUCUGAAGAAAACAUCCAAGAAAAAGAAAAUGGAGGGAGGUGCUCGCAAGCUGGUUCGGUCCAUUGCCCUGGAUCCCUCAGGACGGCCUGUGUUCCCCAUCGGACUAGGGGGUCUAACAGUAUAUAGCCUGGGGGAGAUCAUCACCAACCGACCUGGCUUCCAUGAUGAGAGUGCCAUCUACCCUGUGGGCUACUGCAGUACUCGAGUGUUUGCCAGUAUGAAGUGCCCAGACCAGAAGUGUCUGUAUACCUGUCAGGUCAAAGAUGGUGGUGUGCAGCCUCAGUUUGAAAUUGUUCCUGAAGAUGACCCCCAGAAUACCAUCGUCAGCUCUUCUGCCGAUGCCUGUUAUGAAGAACUGGUCAGGACCAUCAGUAAUGCAACGGGGAAACUGAUGCCUAACCUACUCUCAUGUGGUGCUGAGUUCUUUGGGUUUUCUCAUCCAGUCAUCCACAACCUGAUUCAGAGUUGUCCAGAAGCCCAAAACUGUGUCAAUCAUCAGUGGGUGAAGUCUGAUGCAUGCAAACCCAGGAAGGGGCAGCUCUCCCAGGAACUGACAGAGAACGAUGCAGCUAUGAGCCUUGAAGCCUUUGAGACACAGACCUUUGAUGAUGACCAUGAGGACUCCAUUCUGCCAGGGUCCCUGGACCUACCUGAGCUUCAACAUGAAGCCUUUGUAUCAUCUUACCAGCCAGAGUUCCUGACACACGAACCCUUGGUGGACACUGACCUACAGGACCUAAAGUCUCCAUCACAGUGUAGCCCAAUGCAGUCUUCAGACUGAAGAGGGGGAGAGCCUACCUCCUCAGCAUGUUUUUGACCUAAACUAAAACUUAAUCUAUGUGGAAGAAGACAGCAGUCGAGAAGGAGAGACAAUAUUAACACAUUUCAUCACGGACGUUCCUGUGCUGACAGUGUAUCCUGGAAUAAACUUCAGUUGUUUUAUUUUUAGUAAUAAAUAUCUGACAGUUCUGCUUAGUUUUAA